AUGGAUUUUCCACAUCUGCUACAUCAGAAAGUUCGGAACAAUUCACUUCCCUUUGGUGGGAUACAGGUGAUACUAGGAGGCGACUUUUGUCAGCUAAAGCCGAUGCAAAGUUUGUUAGACCCUGGAGAUCCAAUCUAUAAAUCUGUUCUUUUUGGCACGGUUUUCCCGCAUAGAAUUGUUUUGGAAAAGAUUAUGAGGCAAAGUGAGUUUGAAGGGGAUUUUAAGAAAGCUUUGGACAGUUUACGAAUGGGGGUAUGUGAUGUUGACACGGAAGCAUAUCUUCGUGGUUUGUCAAGACGCUGUGUUGAUAUUGGAGACAACGUACCACCGCCUAUCCAUAUCUUUUUCAAGAAGUUACCUGUAGAAGGGCACAAUUCCUAUAUGUUAUCUUGUCUCUCAGGAGAAAUGUUGAAGUACGAAAGUAUUGACACAGGACGGACUGGCCUCUUGAAAAACACUGUCCCUAAGGUUUUAAUGCUGAAAUGUGGUUGUAAGGUAAUGCUUUUAUUCAACAUUUCGAAAUCGUUAACCAAUGGAACUUUGGGCACGUUCAUUGAUGCAGGUCAAACAGACAGUAAGAACGAAAGUCUCCUGAUCAAAUUUCCCAACGUUGGAGUGGUUUCCAUUCCUCGGAAAACUUGGUACGCAUACAGGAAAGAUGGGCAAGUUCAAGCAUCUCGGACACAGUUUCCCUUGAGCCUCUCAUAUGCCAUCACCGUGCACAAAGCACCGUGCACAAAGCACAGAGCACUACGCUGGAAAGUGCUGUCAUCCAUUGCAGCCAGGAGUUUGACGCUGGUCAAACGUAUGUAGCGUUGUUGAGAGUCCGCAGAAAGGCUUCAAGUUAUCGGCUUCCAGAAACGAUUUUUGCUAAAGCAACCGGCACAUAUCGAGCAAAUUCACAGCGCGCAGCAUGGUGAUCCUGUCUCGUCAUUCACAUGUUGUAGAAAUAAAGUACUGGAGAGUACCAAUUGUGAGUUGGAUCGUGAAGAAGACCCAUCACUGAUUAACGAUGAAAAUUCAAUUCAGGUUGAUGAAGACCUGCUAAACCACGAAGAACUGAUUUUAAAAUAUUUUGCAUCAAACCAAGGUGUGAAACAAAACUUUAAUCAAAUUCUCCAACGUAUGACCAACGCCGAAGAAGAUCAGGAACCUCAAUAUCGUCCAUUGACCCAACCACCAGAUGAUUUCGUUGUGAAAAAUUUCUUGGAGACAUUGACAAAGGAUGAAAACGUGGAUACAUUAAGUCAAUCCACCAAAGAAGCCGCACAAUAUGGAAUCGCAAAUCUGGAAAUAUUUGAACUGUUAACUAGAGUUCUUUGGUGCAGGGUGAUUCAUCUUUUCGAAGGUUAUCUGUCAGAGAAUGCAAAGGAAGUGCACAUGUCGGCUGCAAAUUUCACACAAGUUACAAGAAAGUUAACGUUGAACGAAUUGUUUCUAACGAACGAAUACAGAAGUGACAUAAUGACGGCGUUUAACCUCAGGAAUUGGUCAGAACUCACUUGUGGUCAGUGA